UUGAUGUAGCUGUCAAUGUCAUUAAAAAUAACAGAAACUUCGUAAAAAUUUCGUAUUAAAAUUUGUUGUAGGACGCGUUACUUUAUGAAAAUCGCAUGUUAUUAUAUUUUUAUUGAAAAAAUCAAGACAUAUUAUUGCUAUACUCCUUAAAUUAUUUUAUCCAUCUUCAAUUUCUCUUAAUUAGGAUGAAUGACAAAGGUUAAAAAGUGAUUACAUCAAUGAUGUAUUACUGGAGCACCUCAACGUGAUGGUCUUAGAGUAUCUACAAUGAUGAUCGUGGCAAAAGUUAGUGAAAAAGUUUAAAAGAAUCUAUGCCGUGAUAAGAUUCCUCCAAAGCAUCAAAGAUGGGUGAGAAAUCUGGCAAUAGUAAAGACGACAAACACAAAGUUCGUCGAUGUAUGGAAUGGUUGCAACAACAGAAUAAUGAAGGCACAGAGAAGUUAUCGUUAGGAAAUAAGAAUGAUAUACAGUUUAUUAUACAAACCCAUGCUGCAAGAAAGAACUUUUUGCUAGCUGUGGCUGAGGACGAUGCGACCGUGCCUAGUGGCAUCAACGAACCCGUUUUGGAACCUAAACCUGUGACUCGCUACAGACUCCGUGUUUCCAACUUGCAAAUGGAAUGUGAAUGGCCAACAUGCAAGAAGAUGUUUACGGACUACGAGGUAUACCAGAAACAUGUUAGAAAACAUGCUACGGACAUGCAUGUUAUAGAGAAGGAAUCUAGCGCUGAAUUGGUCUGCCUCUGGGAUGUGUGUGGGCAUAAGACAUCGGACUUCAAUGAAAUGGUGCGUCACAUGAACUAUCAUGCUUACCAUGGCAAGUUACUGGCAAUCGGCUUCAAUGGCCGGACGACCCUCAAACUGGAGUGCUGUAAGAAGGACUCCAGCAAACGAAAUCAGAUACCGGUACAAACGUUCAUAGACCACGUGAAUCUCCAUGCGAAUUACUCUGAAGACUACAUAUGUUCUUGGGCUGGUUGUGGAGCGAAGUUUCCUCGGAAAGCUAUGCUCAUCCCACAUGUACGGAGUCACACAGGGGAGCGACUGAUUGCUUGCUAUCACUGUGGACAUCACUUUGCUAAUAACAGGAAGCUUACUGAUCAUUUGCGGAGACAGAAUGUGACGCAAAAUUCGAUAUACAUUUGCUCGGUGUGCGGCACGCGGUGCGCCACGGAGUACUUACUGGGCGAGCACACGCGCGGACACAUCAGUAUGUUCGCGUGCAGUCUGUGCGACAUGUCCGCCACCUCGCCCGCCGCGCUCGCCAACCACGUGCGCUACCGACACCUGGCCCGGGGGGAGGCGGCCACUCACGCGUGCCCCCAUUGUCCUUAUAAUCUGUGCGACAUGUCCGCCACCUCGCCCGCCGCGCUCGCCAACCACGUGCGCUACCGACACCUGGCCCGGGGGGAGGCGGCCACUCACGCGUGCCCCCAUUGUCCUUAUAAUCUGUGCGACAUGUCCGCCACCUCGCCCGCCGCGCUCGCCAACCACGUGCGCUACCGACACCUGGCCCGGGGGGAGGCGGCCACUCACGCGUGCCCCCAUUGUCCUUAUAAUCUGUGCGACAUGUCCGCCACCUCGCCCGCCGCGCUCGCCAACCACGUGCGCUACCGACACCUGGCCCGGGGGGAGGCGGCCACUCACGCGUGCCCCCAUUGUCCUUAUAAUCUGUGCGACAUGUCCGCCACCUCGCCCGCCGCGCUCGCCAACCACGUGCGCUACCGACACCUGGCCCGGGGGGAGGCGGCCACUCACGCGUGCCCCCAUUGUCCUUAUAAUCUGUGCGACAUGUCCGCCACCUCGCCCGCCGCGCUCGCCAACCACGUGCGCUACCGACACCUGGCCCGGGGGGAGGCGGCCACUCACGCGUGCCCCCAUUGUCCUUAUAAAGCAAUAAGAAGAUGGGAUCUCCGCCAACACGUGAAAACACAACAUAAGAAGAAAAAGAAAAAACUGAGAUCAAAGAAGAUCAAGUCUGAAGAAACUUCUGAUAAGGAAAUAUCUUCUGACAUCGAUGGAGAUUCUGAAUCUGAUUCGGAUAGUAAGGAAAGAAAAGUGAGGAGAUCUGAUAGGAAAUAUGUAUGUCACAUGUGUCCAGAGAAGAAUAUGAAAAUAUUUACCAAAGGGAAUGCAUUGACUAUGCACUUGGUGAAGGAACAUGGUGCCCAGUGGUCCUUUGGUCAUAGCAGAUUUAGAUACCAACUAUGCGAAGAUGGACUGUACAGGUUAACUACAACACGCUACGAAUCGUUAGAAGUAUCAAAGAAGAUUAUGGAUGGUUACACAAGUCCGAAGAAAAUAGUCUUAACUAACAUACAAUUUAAGUUGAGACAAAUUGCCAAUGCUACGGCAACUACACCAAGAAGUUUCGAGAUCACAUUGAAGAAUGAUGAAAUCAAAAAGGACGAUGAUCAUGAUGACAUGGAAGUUGAUACAAAACCGAUCCGUGAUGACAAUGUAGAGAUUAUGAUGUGCGAUGUCGAUGAAGAUGGGAACAUCAUCAGUAGUGAGUUAAUUAAUUCUGUCAUUCCGAAGCUGGAGAAGGAGGUUUGA